GGCGUGGCGGGGGCUUGGGGCGGCCCCCCGCGCCCGUGAGGGACGUGCCGCCCGCCGGGGAGCUGGUGCGGCCCUCGGUGACAGAGCUGUCCCAAGUGCGGACCAACAUCCUGUGCACCGUGCCCGGCUGCGGGAAGGUGCUGCCCAACAGCCCGGCCCUCAACAUGCACCUCAGCAAGGCGCACCCGCUGCAGGAUGGAAAACUUAAUGCACCAAUAAGGAAGGGUUUGAAAACUUCACAGAAAUUCUACUGCUGUCCUAUUGAAGGCUGCCCUAGAGGACCAAACAGACCAUUUUCCCAAUUUUCUCUUGUAAAACAGCACUUUAUGAAAAUGCAUGCUGAAAAGAAGCACAAAUGUGAUAAAUGUAGUAACUCCUAUGGCACAGAAUGGUAUUUGAAACGACACAUAGAGGUCUGUGGCAAGACUUUCCAGUGUACUUGUGGGUGCCCUUAUGCCAGCAGAACAGCAUUACUGUCUCACAUUUACAGAACUGGCCAUGAAAUCCCUGCAGAACACAGGGAUCCUCCUAGUAAGAAAAGGAAAAUGGAGUCCUCCGUUCAUAAUCAGCAGUUGGCAGAGAAGGCAAACAAAGCAUUCAGCAAUACCCGCAGUACUGCUCCUGGCACUCAGGAAUUGGAGUCCUCUGAAGUGAAAGUAGCCGCCUCUCUUGAAGGCUCCUGCAGUUCUAACUUCACAAACCAAAUGCAGCCAAAAUGUGCACCAAAGAUGCUUUUACCCAAGCCCAAGGUGGCUUUGGUUAAACUUCCAGUGAUGCAGGUUGCUCACUUGCCUGUGUAUGUAUCUGCAACAGACUCUUCUGUCAAACCUGCUGUAGUGGCUGUUGAUAAUCAAGGUUCUGUUGUAAGUACUGUUCAUUUAUUGCCUCAGUCUAUAGGAAUCCUGAUUCCAGCCCUGGAGGCAGAAACACUUGUAUUUAAAGACACUAUGCCUGUUUCAAAGGUGACAGCUUCUGGUGAUCGGGAACCAGUAAGUACUGGUGUACAAGUUGAAUUGGACAAGGUGACAUCAAAUAACCCAGGACAAGAGCUGGGGAAUGUUUGUCACAAGAACAAAAUUUCUUCAAUAAAUAUACAGACUGACUUAUCUUACAUCUCCCAGAGCUUUGUACCAGCUGCAGCCUGGACUCCCAAUUCUUCUGUGUCCUCUUGUUCUCAGACAGAUCUGUCAUUCAGUUCCCAGGUCUCAUUACCCAUCAGUGUACAGACACAGACACUGCUGCCUGCUUCCAAGCUGACUUCAUCCAUAGCUGCUCAGACUGAUGCUUUCAGCCAGGGCUGUUUUCCAACGUGUGGCAUUUCCAGAGAGACUCAAACCAGCAGGACACAGGACUGUAUUGAUGGAAGGGUACAGAUGGACCAGGCUGUAAUGUGCAGUGACAUUUUUGACAAUGUUCCUUCAUCAUACAAUGUUUCUACUCACAUUGAACUUCCAGAAAACAAUUUAAUGCCUGCAAAUAUAGAUCAAACCUUGCUGCAGAGAAGUAGUUGCAAGAGCCUGAAUCAGGAUACAGUUAAGUCUGAAUCCCUUAUCAGCUUCAAUACACAGACUAAUAUACUUCCAUCUCAAAAUACAACAGAUAAUCAAACCCAGACAAUGGACCUGCUAAGUGAUCUGGAAAACAUUUUUUCAGGAAACAUGUCUGGCCAGACCCUGGAUAAUCGUGGCCUUUUGUCUGAGACGAGUUCUAAUGCUGACACACAUCUUCCAUCUGCUCCAUCACAGAGCACAGGGAUAGACUUCGACAUUGAAGAGUUCUUUUCAGCAUCCAACAUCCAAACUCAGACUGAAGAGAGUGAGCUUGGUACCCUGAACUCUGAGCCAGUUUUGGAGUCACUGGACAUUGAAACUCAGACUGAUUUCUUAUUUUCAGAUAGUGCCACUCAAUCCUAUAACUGCCGAGGCAAUUCUAACUUCUUAGGUUUGGAGAUGUUUGAUACACAGACCCAGACAGACUUGAAUUUCUUUUUGGACAGUACUACCCAUCUGCCUUUAGGAAGUAUUCUGAAACAGUCCAGUUUCUCAAUGAGCACUGACUCAUCUGAUACAGAAACCCAGACAGAAGUAUAUAUGGCUACUAAAAACACACCUGCUCAGAAUAUUGAAAGCAAAGUCCAGCUCAGCAGUGCUGAGACCCAGACUAUGGAUAGCUGCUUUGAGAAUCUGGGGAGUUUAUUCCUUACCAGCAAUGAAACACAGACAGCAAUGGAUGACUUCCUUCUGGCUGACUUAGCCUGGAAUACAAUGGAGUCCCAGUUCAGUUCAGUAGAAACACAGACCUGUGAAGAGCUGUGCUCCUUGUUCCAGAGCUCUGACAAGCCCAGCCACUGAGUGCUACAUAAUAGAACUGUUUCUUGUGGUUUGAAUUUAACUUAUUGGGGUGGGAGAGAUGGCUUUACCAAGUGAUCCACUUUGCAUUGUUGAAUGUACUUGUCACGAGCAGUCAACCUAAGAGACUUUUCAUGCUGAAGGUACUCUAUUGAAUAUGUAACUUUACAUAAACUAUGUGUGUAUAAAUAGAGGGGAAAGGGGGGGCUGUAACACGUUAAUGUACAUUUGAACCUUAAAAAAUUAUGUGGUGCCUAUGUUUUUUCCUCAAACUUCUUUAUGAAGCUGUUACUGCUUUCAUCUAAGGGGAAGAACUUUUAAAGUUGUUCUCUAUAUCUCUCUCUCUAUUCCUGGCUUCCAUGCAGGGUUCCAAUGCACUGGACCAAAACCCUGAGCUGUUCAGUUGAGAUGCUUCCCUGAACUUACGGGGGAGGAUUCUAUUAGUGUAAGCUACUUCUGUUUACUUUUUUUAGUAGCUUGUAUUUUAAAUCCGGCAUGAACAUAAUCAGCCCUAUUGUCUUCUUUUACUUUAUGCCUUCACAGCUCUUUCUCCUGCAUAAGCUGACAUUUUCCAAAUACCUAUCCAACACACUAGACACAUAGAGAUUCUUGAAUUGUUGAAAAUAUUUAUUAUUAAACAAGUGUGUAGAAAGCAGUAUUUUUUUUUCCCUGAGUGGCACUGAUGCUCUUUGAAGGGUAGGAAAAGAACUUGGAAUUCAUAAUUGUAGGGAAAAUUAGUAUGUUGUCCUUUUAGCUAGUGUAAUACAUGGGACUAACAUUUUUUAGAGUCUUCAGAAGGGAUUUGCUUAAAUUAUUUCUGUCUUGAAGAAGCAAAUGUUACAAUGUGUGUGCCUCAGAGACUGGAAUAAUUUGGUUUUGCUGAAAUUCUCCUAGCUUUAUUGAGAUACGAGUUCAGAAAUGUUACAGUGGUUUACUACCUUAAGAGAAAUCUUUAAAAAUGGACAAUUAAAUUCCUUAAAACACUCACCUUGACUUCUGGUUUUGGACUUCCUGCUUCCAAAGAGAGUUGGAAUCCAUUCAGCAGAGCUGGGAGAUCAGCUCACAGAAGCCCUUGCAGAACAGCUCUAUCUUGCUUUUGUACUUUGAUCUGCAGCCCUCAGUUCCUGCAGCUUUCACAAUUUCCCAGAGUAUAAUCAAACUCACACAAACUGAUUUUUCAGAGAAGAAUCAUAUGACCUCUUGGCACCUUUUUUUUAAUGUUUUGGUUGCCCCUCAUGCCACUGUUUGCAGUAUUUUCAUUUACAUUAAGCCAGUUGUGAAUGUAUGUUGGAAUUUGGCCUUAAGUAAUUUUUAUCUCUUACUCUAUCUGUGAAAUGUAGGCCUCUGGUUUUGUACUGGACAGGUUUUAGUUUUACUGUAACCUUAAAGGAAAGCUCUUUGUGUCAAAUUCCUGAGCCUGUAACAGACUUUACUCCUCCAUUGUUAGAGGAGAGGUAUUGGCUGCAAAUUUACUGUGCAGCCCAGCAGCAAAUGUAUGUCCAAGCCUUAGGUUUUGAGGACUCCCUGUGCUUUGUGUGCAUAUUCUCAGUUCAAGAAUGUGGGAGUUAAUUUACUCAUCCAUUGCAGCCAGCUUGUUUUUGUUGCAGAUGAGCAAUACCUUUCUUUUUUCCUUUUUUUUUUUCCUUUGUGUUUUCUUAAUACUCUUUAUAUUGCCAUGGUGAGUGUCUUUACUGAAAUAAUCUCUUCAGAUUCAUCCUGAAACUCAUAUUUUCCUCCUGAAACCCCAUCUGUGUUGCCUGUUUGAUUUUUCAACAUUUCUAGGUAUGAUUUCAGACACUUCCAGUCUGGCUGAAGAAACUGCAGAUGGGAAUCUUGCAGUUCCUCAGGAGAAAGUCACUCUGCUGUGGGGAAUGCCCCCAGGUUUCACGAUGUCUGUAGAGUUCUCAUCUGAAGGGUGGGAUAUCUUUAAAGAAGGAAGGCCUCACUUGUAAUUUUGUUUCUUGUGAAGAAGACUGACUCAUAUUUACUUGCCUACUUUGAAACUGAGAUAGAAGAUAAAGAACAAAAUUAAGUUAAUUUAUUCUAUUGCAAUAUCUUUCUGGUAAUGUUGCAACUUCUGAUUUUGAAGUGUUUUUCCUUCUCCUUCCUUCCCCUGGCUGGAAUACCAGAGAAUGCUUCUUCAUACCCUGAUUUCUGUGUUUGCCAUGUGCAAGUUGUCUGUACUGACACGUGAAAGUGAGGCAGUCACUAUAAACCUGGUUUGGGAAAAGGGUAUUUUCCACAGCUGUAGAAGCUGUUCAUUACCUCUGAAUUUAGAAAGUCAGCCUUUACUCUGCAGGAGAAGGAAUCUUGGGUGCUGAGGAGCAGAAUUACUGGAGAGUUUGAAUUGUAGCCAUCUGAGAGAACAGCGAGGUUUAAAGUACUUGGAAACUAAUUUACAAAUUAGAGUGAUAAUUGCCAUGUUAUUGUGUAAGCCAAAGCCCUUAGCAUCAGGGACUGUCAGGAAAAGACCCAAAAGUUUGUGUGAUUAUAAUGU